UCAAUAAAACAGAAAUUGGAACAAAAUCGAUCAGAAACACAAGAAAAAAACGCAGCUCAAAAAGAGAGAGAGAUGGGAGUGUUUGGUUGCAGCAAAGAUGGGUACCUGAAUGAUGCCAAGUUCAGCGAGCCCUUGCCAUGGAUUGGCAUCUAUAUAGCUGCAGCCUCUUUUGUCUGUCUCUUAGCAAUGGCUGUCGAUCUUGUCCACAGCGUCCGCCAUAGAAAAUUAUGGUUCCCUUGCAAGUUUUUCACUCUUAACUCCACUUCCCUAACCCUGAUAGCUGUGGCCAUCAAACUUUCUGUGGAUCUCAACACCUCCAUGCCUGGCAGAGAGGACCAGCUUGCAAAGCUUAGUAGUGCUGUGUUGAUGUGUACUAUCAUGGGUAAUUCUAUGCCUUCUCUUGGAUCUAUGGAGAAUCAAGAAAUCUUUAUGAACAUUGUGGCUCUUGGGAUUCUGGUUAUUACCCUUGUAGUAAACAUCUGUAUUGAGUUGGGUACUGGAGUGAUCUAUGUCUUUAUGAAGGAGCAUGUUUCCAUUAUAAUUUUGAUGCUGGUUUUGCUUGCCAUCUUGAGUUUUUCUGCUUUGACUGUUCCAUCUACUAAAAGCUACCUGGAAAUGAGGUACAAUCUAAAAUAUGAAUUAGCUUCAAGAGAGUGCGCAGAAAACAAAAAAGCAGGCAAAGCAGCAGUUGAAAGACUUAGAGAGGCUAUGAUGAAAUAUUGGAUGAUGGCUCAUACCUGCAGCCCCCAGUUUGUGAUCGGUCGGUCUGCUACUUGUACUGCUUCUGGGGCAAUCUGUCUUCUCAGCGCUGCAAUUUUAGCAGAGGCCACUGUUAGAUCUUACUUGAUGCAGAGAUCAUUUAAGUUCUGCAAUGGCCAGUCUGAUUAUAAAUGGUCGAUCACUUUGAUUCUCACAGUACAAUGUGCUGCAGUGGGAGUUGGGACUGUUGCCCCAGCAUUCAGAUGGUUUGCGGCCAUAAAAUUCAGGUGUCCGAAACUGGGAAAAGGAGGUUUCAAGAAGGAAUUCACAUUAGAAAACUAUUGGAUCCGGUAUCUGGUUGAAAUGAAACAGUGCCCAUUAUCUAUCAGAGUUGAAAACAGAAGUUUCAGAAAGCUUGCUCAUAGUGCAAAAAACAAAUUUCUGGACGCAUGCAUUAUCCUACAAACAGCCAUAGUGUUCAUAAGCAAAGUGAUUCGACUCAUUUCCAUUUUCUUUGUCAGGGGAAUCUUCUCAUUCUGUGACUGCUUCAAAAGUUUGAAAAAAAAGUUGUGUUUUAAAGACGCCAUUUCUAUCAACAAUUCAGGGUCAGAGGUAGAUCCUGAUUCAAAGCUAGAUCUCAGUCGUUUUGUUCUGUAUCUUGAAGGUGAAGAUGAUCUAGUUCACCUCAUGGAAGCAAACAGUUGUUAUGCCACAAAUCAAUGGAUUCAGAAAGGGCAGAAGAAAAAGCCUAAGAAUCUCAUUUACCUGUUGGAAGGAACGAUCAUGACACGAGGUUUCAAGGGAGUGGCAGAGUUUGACAACCUUCAAGUUCCAUGUCUAGAUUCCAAAGAUCCCCAAAAUUGCUGGGCACUCCCAGUGGUGACAUUAACAACCAUAGCAAUCUCUCUUCCAAACAUGAGCCAGCGUUUAGUCAAACAGUUGGUGAGCGCCGUAAACGAAGGCCUCGAAUACAUAAGACUCGUCGAAGAUCACCUCGACACAAAAGGGGAGUUCAUCAACCUGAAGAAAGCAGCCCAAAUCGUUUGGCUAGGAAUUGAUCUCCACCACAAAUGGCUGGACAUAGAAUUGCAAAAAGUCAUUGUGAGAGAUUGAAUUGCAAAAAUGU